CAUUUCCUCAUGGGAAGAAGAAGCUCGAUAUAGAAGAAGAGCAAACACAACACACUGAAGCUCUGUCACCAUGGGGAACUGGGCUGUGAAUGAGGGGCUCUCCAUCUUUGUCAUUCUGAUGUGGCUGGGGAUGAACGUCUUCCUCUUUAUCCAUUACUACAAGUAUUAUGAUGAUGGACUAAAGUUCUGGUACACUAGAAAACUUCUUGGGAAAGCUCUGGCUUUGGCCAGGGCUCCUGCAGCCUGCCUGAAUUUCAACUGUAUGCUGAUCCUGCUGCCAGUUUGUCGAAAUCUGCUCUCCUUCCUCAGGGGUUCCAGUGCGUGCUGCUCAACAAGAAUUCGAAGACAACUGGAUAGGAACCUCACCUUUCAUAAAAUGGUGGCGUGGAUGAUAGCACUUCACACUGCAAUUCAUACUAUUGCACAUCUCUUCAAUGUGGAGUGGUGUGUGGAUGCCCGAGUCAACAAUUCUGAUCCUUAUUCAAUAGCACUCUCUGAUAUUGGAGACAAAAAGAAUGAAACUUAUCUCAAUUUUGUUCGAAACAGAAUCAAGAACCCUGAAGGGGGCCUGUACGUGGCUGUGACUCGUUUGGCAGGAAUCACUGGAAUUGUUAUCACUCUUUGCCUCAUCUUAAUUAUCACUUCCUCCACGAAAACCAUCCGGAGGUCUUACUUUGAAGUGUUUUGGUACACACAUCAUCUCUUUGUUAUCUUCUUCAUCGGUCUUGCCAUCCAUGGAGCUGAACGCAUUGUACGUGGGCAGACUGACAAAAGUUUAAAUGAACACAACCCACAUAUAUGUGAACAAAAUAUCACACAGUGGGGGAAAAUAAAGGGCUGCCCAGUGCCAGAGUUCUCUGGGAACCCUCCUAUGACUUGGAAAUGGAUAGUAGGUCCCAUGUUCCUGUAUCUCUGUGAGAGGUUGGUCCGGUUUUGGCGAUCUCAACAGAAGGUGGUCAUCACCAAGGUGGUCACUCACCCCUUCAAAACCAUUGAGCUACAGAUGAAGAAAAAGGGGUUCAAGAUGGAAGUGGGACAGUACAUUUUUGUCAAGUGUCCCGAGGUGUCCAAGCUGGAGUGGCACCCUUUCACACUGACUUCUGCCCCUGAGGAAGAUUUCUUUAGCAUCCAUAUCCGCAUCGUUGGAGACUGGACAGAAGGGCUAUUCAAUGCUUGUGGCUGUGAUAAGCAGGAGUUUCAAGAUGCCUGGAAACUACCGAAGAUAGCAGUUGAUGGCCCCUUUGGCACAGCUAGUGAAGAUGUGUUCAGCUAUGAGGUGGUGAUGUUGGUGGGAGCAGGGAUCGGAGUCACACCUUUUGCAUCCAUUCUCAAAUCAGUCUGGUACAAAUAUUGCAAUAAUGCCACCAAUUUGAAGCUGAAAAAGAUCUAUUUCUACUGGCUAUGCCGGGACACACAUGCCUUUGAGUGGUUUGCAGACCUGCUGCAGCUGUUGGAGACCCAGAUGCAGGAAAGGAACAAUGCCAAUUUCCUCAGCUACAACAUCUACCUCACUGGCUGGGAUGAGUCUCAGGCCAAUCACUUUGCUGUUCACCAUGACGAGGAGAAAGAUGUGAUCACAGGCCUGAAACAGAAGACUUUGUAUGGACGACCCAACUGGGAUAAUGAGUUCAAGACAAUUGCAAGUCAACACCCCAAUACCAGAAUAGGAGUUUUCCUCUGUGGCCCUGAAGCCUUGGCUGACACUCUCAAUAAACAGAGCAUCUCCAACUCCGACUCUGGCCCUCGGGGAGUACAUUUCAUUUUCAACAAGGAAAACUUCUAACUCAUCUCUCCCACAAGGAAACACUGGAUGAUGCUACCAAGUGCCCAAAUAUGACUGGCUGAUAAAAAGAAAAAAGAAAGGAAAAGAAAAAAAAGGAGGAAAAGAAACUAUACUGUAACAUUUCUCUUGAAAGAUGGUUUGCAAAUGAUGUUUAUAUGGGGCUUUAUGUUUUUCAGAGCACUUCUACAAGCAUUAUUUCAGUUUUCAUCUCUGUGGUGCCAGGGAAAAGUAGCACAAGGAUUUCUGGGGUCAUUUUUUAGGACAAGACAAUGGUGGCUUUGGGGCUGGGGAUUUAGCUCAGCGGCAAAAGCGCCUGCCUGGCAAGUGCAAGGUCGUGAGUUCGGUUCCCGGUACCGGAGAAAAACAAAACAAAAAAACAAAACAAAACAAAAAGACAAUGGUGGCUUCAAGUGCUCAAAAAAGCUUUAGAGUCGUCCUUAGACUAUGAAGCUGAGACCAGAUCUUGGCCACCUGAAUACAGGCUUGGUAUUCCUUCCACAGCAAUCUAUUCUGAAAAUCAGCUUUCACAUUCCCCAAAAGAUGUAAACCGAAAAGUAGCUACUCAUUUUCCGCUUUGUGUCAUCUUGGUUAUUGUUAUAUUGAGGGAGAUUUUCCAGAUAGGAGCUAAUACAGGCUGAAGGUGAUUUAACACUUACUAGGGUCAGCACUGACACCUCAGCACAUGCAGCUUGCCAGCACAGCAGCCUGACAGGAUCAGAGAGUCUUUCUACCAAAAAAUAUUACCCUGAUUGAGCUUAUUUAGUAUUGAACGUUUACCAUGGUACUUGGCACAGAGCUGAUAGUCAAAGACAAUUUGUUGAAUGAAUGAAUGAAUGAAAAAAUUCAAAGCCAAACAAGGUCAGAAUAGAACUAAUUUAAAACAUUAUACAGAAUUAUCUGAGGAAGUGACUUCUCUUACUGUUACAGAGCAAAGAAUCCUUACUCUCGCGAGGGGAGAGAAUAGGCUAAGAGUAUCAACCAGUAUGAUGGCCUACAGGGUUUCUCACGUUCUUAUUUGAGGCAUGGAGGAAUGAGGGAUUAAGGUAGGAAACUAAUCCCCUGCCAUACAUCUGGCUGACUCCUCUAGUCCUGCUCCCCAAUCUGUGAAAGAAAGUACGCUGGUUUACUGCCAGAAAGUCUCCUCCACCCGGUCCUUGCAAAUUUGGAACUUCAGAGUUAUGACAAGUAUGUUUCUGAUAAUGCACAUCUGGCUUAUAUAGAGCCCAUCCCUUGUUUUCUAUAAAUACAAAAGUGAAUCUUAAUGUGUGACUAACGGUUUAUUUUUAUUAUUAUGUUAUCGUCACCAUGGCCAUCAUCUUCCUGAAAUAUACAUCCUGGAAACUGAAAUCCUCAGUUAACUGUGUCGAUAUUGAAUUUACACCCCGUAGAAUGUUAUGGAUAUCCCUGAGUACCAGACAGGUCUAAAUCAGUUAGUGUGGCCAGAAGCAGUUCUUUUUUUCUUCUUUUUCCUUUUUUAAAUAACUACUCCCAUUUCUGGGAACUAAAAACCAGCUUUAUCUGCCCCACCCCCCAGGGCCCACAGACACUACUCAGCUUUGGUAAUGAGGAAGAAAGACAGCAGGCAGAAAAGCAGAAGAUUUAUCAAGGAAAGGGAAGGAAGGAGAGGAAGAAACCAGGCGGAGAGGGAGAGAACGCACACCACAGAAGGGAAAGGUUGGGGGUUGUCUCACAUUGGUUAUUUCCUCUCCCAGACUUCUUAGUUUUGUAUGUAAUGGAGGUAGCUGAAGAAGGAGUCCACAGAUUUAUCAUAUUUUGAUUACAUAUAGUAUUGAGUCUUUUAUAUUCUGGUCACAAAUUUUGGCUCUAAAAUGGGCAUAUUCAGGGGACCAGCAUAAACUGAGAACUCGGUCGUUUCUUGCAGUUCUAUUGUUCCUUUGAUUUCCCAGGACCCUCAAAGCACUGAGGAUCAGCUCUCACAAAUAAAACCCUCCAGGGUGUGUCAAUGUCACCUCUCAGAAAUGUGCGGGAAAGUUACCACUUGAAUGUUGCUCCAGCAUUGUAUACAUUUGACAGCAAAGCAGCUGCCAACACAGCUGGUCAUGAGAUGAAAAAAUCUGUCAAAAAGCGCUUGUCCUUACGCGAGCUUCCUUCUUUGUUUUCCCCAUUUUCUAGCCACCAGUGAUCAGCCGUUGCCAGCACAGCUUUUUUAGAGUUUCGUAUUUAGCAUUUAGGAAACAGGUACUUUAGGAAAGAGUAAUGAAGCAUUUCUUUGAAAUCUCAAGGCUACUAAGGCUUUUCUUAGUUUCCCUGCUUUUGCAAUAUUGUGUUUAUAAAAUUUAAAUACUUGCAGACUUUGAAUGCGCAUAGUUUAUGGGGGGGGGCCUCUGGGAGGUAAUUCCUAGUAAGAACUUUUAAAAUUGCAUUUAAACAUUAAAAGAAAUGGGCACUCACAA